CUGCUGUGCGACGUCGUGAGACUUUGAGACGAACGCCGUUGGGGAAGAGUAGCGCGAGGCGGCAAUGCGGCUUACCAGUUUAUUCCUAUUGGACUGAGUCAGUAUCCUUCCUGCUGCCGUCACUGAACGAAACUGAAGGGAGUUGUGCAGAAGCUACAACUGUUAUAAUCGUCGGAUACAUAAUACCCAUCAAGAUCUGCGAGGAGAGCUGGUGUAAAAGCUAGGCUGAUUUGCUGUGUUGUGCAAGGGAGAUACCCAGUCGUUCAGAGUUCCUGAAACAGGAAAUACGCCGAGUUUGCUUUUGUUUGGGGAAGGAAAAACUGAAGGAACAAGUCCUGCUGUGGCGUUGUGUGAUGUUAACGCAUUCACGUUUUGGUGGGUUAAUGCAUCCUUAAGGUUGACUUGCCAAUGACUCUGCUGGAAUGAAAGUGUUCUCUUCCUUGUUUUUCUACCCCUCAACAACAUACAAUUGCGAGUAAUGCUCGGAAAAGAGCUGUUUCAGUCCAUUCCGGCUCUCAGCAUUCACAUGAUUUGAACUUCAAACAGGAUCUGAAAGGUAGCGAAGACUCGACUCGAUUGUGUUUUGAUGCAUGAACCUUCAGAAGCUAACGGUUGAUUUGUUUCACCUCAUUUGCUGUGCAGUGACUCCGUUCGAACAACAGUAACCCGAGUUUACAUCACGAGUUUCGAGGGAGGCAAAGAGCCUUUCGAGGAAGGACUAUGUUGGUGAAGGAGUUCAGGAUUUGCAUGCCCCUGACAGUAGAGGAGUACAGAAUUGGACAGCUGUACAUGAUCAGCAAGCACAGCCAUGAGCAGAGUGACAGAGGAGAGGGUGUGGAGGUAGUGCAGAAUGAACCUUAUGAGGAUCCUACACAUGGCAAGGGCCAGUAUACAGAGAAGAGAGUUUACCUCAACAGCAAACUUCCUAGCUGGGCUAGGGCAGUGGUUCCUAGGAUCUUUUACGUCACUGAAAAGGCCUGGAAUUAUUAUCCAUACACCAUCACAGAAUACACAUGCUCCUUUUUACCUAAGUUCUUCAUUCAUAUAGAAACAAAAUAUGAAGAUAACAAUGGAUCAAAUGAUAAUAUCUUUGAUUCUGAGGCAAAAGAAAUUGAAAGGGACGUGUGUUUCAUUGAUAUUGCAUAUGAUGAAAUUCCUGAACGCUAUUACAAAGAUUCUGAGGACCUCAGGUAUUUUAAGUCAGAAAAGACACAUCGAGGCAUGCUGAAAGAAGGCUGGAGGGAAACUCAGAAGCCAAUCAUGUGUUCUUAUAAAUUGGUGACUGUUAAAUUCGAAGUCUGGGGACUUCAGACAAGAGUAGAGCAAUUUGUGCACAAGGUUAUCCGGGAUAUACUGAUGAUCGGCCACCGACAAGCUUUUGCCUGGGUAGAUGAAUGGUAUGACAUGACAAUGAACGAGGUUCGAGAAUUUGAACGAGCGACUCAGGAAGCCACCAACAAAAAAAUUGGAAUUAUUCCUCCUGCGAUUACUAUCAGCAAUAUCGUUAUGCCUUCGUUAAUCCGCAGUGGACCUUCUAGUGCCCCAACCACACCUCUUGCCUCAGAAGCUCCAGAAUUCCUGGCCAUUCCCAAAGAUCGCCCUCGGAAAAAGUCUGCUCCAGAAACUCUUACACUUCCAGAUUGUCGGGAGAAACGCAGCACCUCCAUGAUACCUGACAUCGAUGCCUCUGGCGAGCCAUCUAAACCCAAGCACAACUAAUUUCUGCCUUUGACCAUAGGCUUUGAAUUCAUAUUUUAGUGUUAGAUUAUAUUUGUUUUUGUCCAUCGCUCUUUUUCCUCUUCGUUGAAACUUGCAUGCUAAUUGCCUAUUUCCUUGUCCCCCUGAGUAUAGUUCACAAAGAAAAUAAUAUGUUCCAUAUCCACAGUUUUUAUCUAUUAAAUUGAAUAUGAAGCCUCCCCCCAAAGGGAAAGUGUAGAGUGCAAGUAUUUUAUAACUUAAAUUCUCCAUAUGUUGAUGACAAGCCAAUUCACUUGCCACCAACACAUAUUGGAAUUUCAUGGAUGGCUUUCCCAACAUUUUCCUGGUAUUGAUUUCCAUGAGCACAAAAUCAUGAACAACAUCACAUGAUUUUCCCAUAUCUACUGCUGAUGGAUGAGGUUGUGAGCAAUAUUGGGAAAAUUUACCCCUACAUGUUUAGCACUUACACGUAUGCGUUUCAGUUUAAUAAAGUUUAAACUAUUUCAAAAGCUGUAGUGUGGAGCUCAAAAGCAAUUGUGUUAGGUCAAGAGACACACAAAGGGAAGAACUUUAAUGACUUGAGGCAGGAGCCAUUUACCCUGUGGAAAUUACCAGCUAACCAGGCUUGUAAAGUUCUACAGUAAUCACAAGUGUUGGCUUUGUUAUUGAAUUGGCUCCAUAUGGAGAUUAACUGUGUUCUUUGAAAAUCAUCAGCACAACUUACCAAUGAUUGGUUAUAGAAUAAAAUCAUAGAGUGAUAAACACAGAAUGAAGCUAUUUGGCCUAUUGUGUCUUUGCUGACACUUUGAAAGAGCUAUCCAAUUACUCCCACUCCCCUGCUCUUUCCCCGUAGCCCUGCAAAAUUUUCCUCUCCAAGUAUUUAUCCAAUUCCCUUUUGCAAGUUAUGAUUGAAUCUGCUUCCACCUCCCAUGCAGGCAGUGCAUUUCAGAUCAUCAUAACUCACUGCAUAAAACAAAUUCUCUUCACCUCACCUCUGGUUCUUUUGCCAAUGAUCUAAAAUCUGUAUCAUCCGAUUACCAACUCUUUACCUGGCUGCAGAUGGUAAAGUAACAAAUCUGCUCCACCAGUAGCUUGGCGAGUAAAUUUACCAUUUGAUGUUUAUUGAGCCAAAAUGGUGUCAGAUUCAAUCUUGAGUUUGUGAUGAACCAGUAGAAUCUUUGCAUUUGGCUUCAGUGCCAUUGAAUUAGGGUGAGAAAAAUCAGCCAAGCUUGUUUCUUUUGUUCGUUAUCUGGUGGCCCUUCCUGGGAAGUUUGUGUCAUCUUGCUUGAAGACAGAGCCAGGCUUGGUAGUGACAGGCUAAUAUCUUCCUUCACACACUGUCUUGCAUGUGAAAAUUAGCUCUCUAGGUAAAGUGUUAAUGACUGCAACUAGAAUAUUUUUUUAAAUUUUAGGCUUUCUAUUUUAAAAAAAUGUCAAAGCCCAUGGAUAUGGAUGUCGUAGUGUGUGAGUUUGCUAAGAUAGUUAGUUCUCAGUACCUCCACAGCUACAGGUUUUUGCAGAGGAGAGUGACAGAUAGAGUCACACACCACAACCAGAUAAAGGUAAACACUAAUUUGCCUUAUGUAAAGUAUUUGCCAGCUGCACUGAUAAUCCUCUUGUAAUGAAUGAUAAAUGCCACAUUCACAAGAUGAGUUUUAAAAAGAACAAAUUUGUAUCUGUCGAAGCUCAGUUCCACUGGUGAAGCAUUUUCCAGUAUAUUUUAAUUUGUUUGUUUGAGACGAUUAAAGCUUCUGCCUGUAGUCAUAGUACCAUUGCUUUUCUUGGCCCCUACCUACAUCCUGAAAUUAAGAGGUUGGUGGUGUAAUAAGUGCAGGACAGUGCAAUGUUCUAUUUUAAAUCUAUCUGCUCAUUUUUAUUUUGCUGAGUUAAGGUGCUAGCAAUCAGUCAAAAAAAUAAUACUUUUAAAGGAUUAUACUGAGUGAAUGCUUUGUCAGUAGCAGAUUUACAAACCAUGUUCACGGCUUAUAAUAAGAGAAAAUUUUGAAGGAACCCAAAUACCACAUUUUAGUAAAUAUAGCCUGAGCUGUGCAUGUGAUAGAUUUAUUCCAUUAAAUCUGUCAACCUGAGCUACCCACACGAAACAAAAACAAGAAUUUAAAUCAACUUAGAUUUUGAUGAUAUUUGGCAUAUCCAUUAUAUUUGAUGCAUCACAUAUGUUAAAAUGCCAGAAGGCUUUCAAAUUUCAUUUUUUGGUAGAAAUUCUGCCACCAACAAGGUGUAACAUUAAACUUUAACCCCCGUCCCCCUAACCCACUUCAGAAAAACCUAUUUCUUUUUCCGAAAAAACAGCACUGCUGAUUGUUGAUGGUCAUGCCCCUGAAUAUCAGGCAGGCUCAUCAUUUUAGAGAAUAAAGAGGAAAGGGAGACAGUUGGGUAAAAGUUAUGCCAUCUGAAUUAUUCAACAAAAUUAUACUUCAAAAAAAUCUUAUAAGAAUUGCCCAUUGAAUAUCAGCAAAAAUCCUUCCAUUAAAAAAAUACAUAUUUUAGUAUCCCCAUCCAAACACAUUCUUCAUUCAUGUGAAAAUGGCAGAAAUCUUUUUGCACCAUUAUCACCUGUUUCCAAUUGUUUAAAGUAAUGUGUGUAUAAAGUUAAUAUUUAACAAAUGUAUUUUUCCUAGUCUCAGGACUUAAUUGCUCCCUCUUAUCUUUGAUAAUUGUAUAUUGAGAUAACACUGUUUAAUACAUUGCUGACAAGCUUUUGAAAGCUCAACAAGUGCACGGCAUAAGCUAUGAUGACAGAGAUGAGUCUUUAGAAAAACUGAACUCACGCAAGGGUAAAGAAAUUCAAACAGAAUUUCUCUAUCACUGCCUCUGCAUGCUGUGCAUAUCUUAAAUUAAAAAUGUACCGUACAUUGCUACAAUUCUGUCUGAAUUGGUUGAGUGAGAUUCAGAUCUGUUUGCCUGAUUGUUUUAAUUGAACUCUGUCUUUGGAAAUGUAAAAGAUUUUUUUCUGCAAUGAAUUUCUUCUGUGUUCUAAUAUUUUAAAAUUUUCUGGACUUAUUUAUUUUUACUGCCAAUAUCAUAUUAGCAAAGGACCAAAUUCUUGAUAUUUAUACUGUUUCACAUUAUAAAACGGAAGUAAGCAGAAAGUUCCAGUACCUUACUUCAGGUUAUUCAUGAUGCCUGUUUAAAGCUACGUUCAUUUUUAGUGCCAUUAUUUUGGAAUAGUGGCACUGCAUUUUGCUGUUACGUUGUGCACUUGCUCAAGAAGCAAUGCCACUGCUCAAGAACUCACUGAUAACAAGAUUUCUUCUCUCUUGUUUAAUUUUUUUAAAUUACUUUUUUUUUGCCCUGCACUGCUUUCCAGAAGGUGAAACUCCUUACUGGGAUGUGUUUCCACAGGUAUCUUGCUCAAGUUGCCAUUAUUCCCCUCAGCCCUGUACAUGAGCAUCAUCAAGCCAUUCUAUCCUGCUAGUAAACCCAAUACCAUUCUCACCUGGUUUUUACAUCCGUACAUUUGCCAGCAGAAUUCAUAGAUCCAAGAGCUCGGGUUAAUUUUCACCCCCUUUGCCUAAAAGGGAGUGAGGUCAACAGUAGCGGUUUUAUAGCUGCUACAACAGUGACACAAGAUCAAAACUUGAACUUUCCUGAAAUGAUCUGCAUGGUCAACUACUCUGCAUUUGUGGAGUCGAGAAUUCUUUUUGCUAAGCCUUGCUGCAUAACAACAAUGACUCUGUUUCAAAAAUAAUUCUUCAGUUGUGAAACACUCUUUGACAUCUUGAGGAUAUGAUAAGGGACGAUAUAAAAGCAAGUUCUUUCUUCCUUUUGAGCUUUUCUGGCAGCAGAAUUAAAGUUGAUGGAAUACAAGUUUGUACUCAAAUGUUCCCAGAGUUGCCUGCCUUAGUUUGUUGCACCAACGAGAGCUACUGAGGAUGAAUCAGGAGUCUAGGGAAAUUAAAAGGUUGAGUUUCAAAGCCCAUCCAAAGCUACUUUCUCAAAACUCCUAAUGGCCAAUUAAUGAAGCCAAAGGUCUGGAAGCAAGUCAUUUCACCCAUUCCCAUGUGUGGAGGAUAUUGUGUAGCAGAUCUAAAGAAGACAAGGAGGAAAGCAGUACUUUACAAAAACUGGAACUAUUUGAAAAGCAGAUGGGGUGAACAUUUUAUGAAAACCACAUUUUUAACAGAGAUUUAUUAACAGUUUUGGAUCAACUCUACAGGGAAACCAUUUCAGAUUAAUAAGAGGAUUUAGAGAUCACAGCAACAGAACUUGUGUGCAUUUUCCUACUUUUCAAUGGGAAAUGCCUGUAAUGUGUAUUUUAAAGCAUUUUUGAAAUGUAGUGGUAGUUAAUGGAAAAAAGCAUUUUUCACAACAGAGCGUUGCUGGAACAGUUUUCGUAAUAGCGUGUUCAGGUUGUCGUAAUUUUCCAAACCAUAUACAGGUAUUUGUCAUUUUUUCUGGUUGUGUUUCCACAAACCAAUUCCCAUAGUUUCUAUUUGUGUUAGCAGCCAGAAAUAUAAAUGUUACAUACCAUGAAUAUUUUCUUUGAAUACUGAAAUAUAAAGAAGUUGUAUGUAUAAUUUUCUGGUUAAAUAAACCAAUUAGUUGAUCCCUUUUAGAGUGAGGAACUUGUUUACCAUAAAGCAUUGCUAUUCGCCCCAUAUUUGGAAUUUUCUGAUCAAGUUACAUCCAAGAAUUGGACAUUUCAGUUCAACAUAACAUUUUAGAAAAAAAAGCACCCUGAUAAAUUUGUCUGGUUCUGACCCUUGCAGACCAUUAGGUUGUCAGACACCAUUUUCAGGCUGUGCUGACUUAACUGACCUCAACUGGGUCAACAGUUGGAAUUUUGUAAUUGGCCUCAGCACCCUUGGCUAACGAAGGGAAAAAAUCUUUGUGACCACCCAUUUUUUUUGAUCCUGCUCGAAUGCAUACAUGUGGAUAUCCAGUGAGUUCAAGAUCAAGCUUGGCUAUGAUUUCCCUCUCCACAGUUGAAUAGCCUGUCAACAUGUAGCAUUUAGGCUCACAAAUGAAUAAUGACUACUUGAGCAAGUUGCUGAAGAACUCGUGCCUGUGGAGAAUCAGUGUCCUCAGGGAAGGAAAAAAAUUGAGUUGGAGGUAAAUAGCAUUGUUAGUGAUCUGAUAAUGCCAUUUGACAAUUGUCAAUGCCAUUUGACAGUUGUCUCAGUACCUCACCUGUGAGCACCUUAUAAGGAUGCAGGAAAUAGACACUUAUUCAGUGGCAUGUAAUCUGCUGUGCUCGGCUUCACAAAUGGAAAUUCCAUUUGUGAUAAACCUUGAAUAGAGUUUUGCAUCGAUCAGUACUGUACAUAAUCAGUACAAUGUAAAUAUUCUGGUAGUUUGUUAAUUUAAGGGCAAGUUUGCCCACUGCAACUGGUUUAUCUUAUUAGCUGGGUUGAAGGAUUCACUGUAAUAGUUUGUUACAUAGCAUGUUAUAAUAAACCAGAGUGUAGAAAAACCCCUAUGUUGCUAAUGAGCAGAUUUACCAUUCAAACAAAUAAAAGAUUUUUUUCUCUCUGAA